AGGAGGGAGAGCUGGAAGCCCGGCCUUGAGCCUUGAAUCCCCAUGUGGUCAUCGUGGGAUAGGACUGGGCAGGCUUGCUGGUGGCUUCCUACGUGGGCCUCAGUUUCCCCAUCAAUGGCAAGCCUGUGCCAUCCCAGCCACAGCCUCAUGGCUCUGUGCCAGCCUUCUGCAGGGGCACCCGUGCAUCAUGCAGCAAAGGGAAACUGAGCUGUGGGAAGCGAAGGGAGAUGCAUUCUCCCCAGCAGGGGUGUGGGCUUGCCUCAGUUUCCCUGCUGGAGGUCAGCUUUCCAGCCUGUGCCUCUAGGUUGAGCUGUUUAACCCUUUAAACCUCCAGACAAAGCACGACUCCUUUUCCAGGCUGUGUGAGAGGGCACAUCCUUCCCAAACCCAGCUGGGGUGUGAUGGGCAGGACACGCGGGCAGCCUGGGAGCCUGAUGUGGGGCAAGGGGCCCCUGGCAGAGCCUUGAUCUUCAAACAAGGAGGUCAGAGGGGGCUUGCACUGGGGGCAGGAUGGCAAGUGAAGUCCUGCAGCCCCCCAGCUGUGCGAGAACGAAAAAGAAACCCAGAACAUAGUUAAACACUGAGAUUCAGCUUGUGUUUUUCGAGCCCCUGGGGCUUGGCCAGACUAUAAAGGUCUGGGUUCGGAAGCUGCAGCACAGCUGGUGCUCCCCAGCGAGUGGGGCUGCCGGCAGCACAGGCCGGCCGGGUGCUGCUCCCCAGGGGAUCCCAGGGGAUGUGGCAUUGUAGUCCUCGGGCAUCCCAAAGCACUAGGGGAUGCUAAGUGGAUGCUGUGGGCAUCCACAGCCAGGAAAAUCACGUUAUCAAGCAGGACAAGCUCUGAGCCCACAGGAGCAGUGCUGGAGGCAAGUAGGGGCCAAGUGGGUCGUUGUUUGGGGUAUGCUAAAUUCAGGCAACCCAUGACCAUGCAACUUCCAUGCCUCAGGACGGGCGGCAUGGGCAGGAGGCCGUCAGCACAGUGUGACUGCCUUCUGCCCACUGCGGCUCCAGCAUUGCCAGUGGCGGAGCUGGAGCAUCGCCUGCCACGGCACGAGGCACGGUGCCGGCAGGAUACACAGCUGCACAAGCUGUGCCAUGGAGGGCACUCCAGGCGAAAUGUGUGGGGAAAGAAAAGGAGUUUCUAUAGCCAGUGGCGCACUAGGGAGCGUGGCGUUUUGCUCAGGCUUUGCCUCCCAGCCCCAAGAACCAGGCACCUCGCUCCAGCUGUGCUGGGGAGGAAACGCCGCCUCUGGCACGGGCCCAGCUGCGACUUGCCCUCCCGUGCUGGCAUCGGCAGGGCUGGCGAUGCCACCUGCUUCCCUCCCUCACAUGCCUGCCUGUGGCUCCAUUCCCCUGGAGCCAGUGCCUGGGCAGCAGGAGCAUGGGAGCCUGGCCAGCAUCCAAGGGGCUUUAUAACCAGCAAGGUCACUCGGCUCAUCUCCCACGGGAUGGAGCAGCGAGCACCCCCCCAGAGAGGGGGAGGCACACCAAGAGCUGCAGCUGCACCAGGCAUAGGUCACAUCACAAUGCCAGGGCUGUGCCAGGUCAGUGGCAGACCCAAAGAGCAGCUGCUGAGCAGCACAGUGUGUCUGCCACCUCCCAUCGGGGACACCACCACAUCACCUCCAGGGAUGUCCCCAAGAGCUUUGGGGUGUGGAGUGGCACGUGCAGCAGCAUCCUCCAGCCAGCUCCACAGGUGGGGAUCUGCCCCAUUCCCUGACUGACUGGGCAGGGCAAGGAGUCCCCUGGGUGCUGGCAUACAGGUGCCACCCAUGCCUUUUCUUCUGCCCUCCCUGCAUACCUCUCCCUGUCCCCUUGUCACCCAGGCUCAGCACUGAGCCAGCACUGCCCCAUGGCCCUGCUCCAUCCCUGGGAGUAGCUCUGGCCAUGCCCCAUCCCCACCCUGGUCUCUCCAGGAAUGGGUGCUGGUUUUGCUCUGCUCGCUGUCCCCUCCUGCAGGGCAGUGGGGAGCCCCCUGGUCAUGGACCCCAACAGCAUCUGCCGCAAGACGAAGCGGCUGGCGGGGAAGCAGGCGGAGCUGUGCCAGCUGGAGCCAGAGAUAGUGCAGGAGGUGGCCAAGGGCACCAAGCUGGGCGUCCGGGAGUGCCAGUACCAAUUCCGCUUCCGCCGCUGGAACUGCACCAGUCACAGCAAGUACUUCGGCAAGAUCCUGCAGCAGGAUAUCCGGGAGACAGCCUUCGUGUAUGCCAUCACGGCAGCGGGGGUGAGCCACGCCAUCACGCAGGCCUGCAGCAUGGGCGAGCUGCUGCAGUGCAGCUGUGAGCUGACGCGGAGCCGGGCUCCCCCCUCACCCACGGCGGGUCCGGGCACCGAGGGCACGGCCUGGGAGUGGGGGGGCUGCGGGGAUGACGUGCAGUUCGGCUAUGAGAAAUCCCAGCAGUUCAUGGAUGCCAAGAGCAAGAAGGGCAAAAAUGACAUCCGAGCUCUUAUUGACCUGCACAACAAUGAAGCUGGGCGCUUGGCGGUACGGAGCUACAUGAGGACAGAGUGCAAAUGCCAUGGGCUGUCAGGCUCCUGCACCCUGCGGACCUGCUGGCGGAAGAUGCCCCAUUUCCGCGAGGUGGGGGACCGCCUGCUUGAGCGCUUCAACGGGGCUUUCAAGGUGAUGGGAGGCAACGAUGGGAAAACCCUCAUCCCCGUGGGUGAUAACAUCAAGCCUCCCGACAAACAGGACCUCAUCUACUCGGCUGACUCACCGGACUUCUGCUCGGCUAACCGUAAGACGGGCUCGCUGGGCACCCGGGGCCGCGUCUGCAACAGCACAGCCAUGGACACCAGCGGGUGCGACCUGCUGUGCUGCGGGCGAGGGCACCGGGAUGAGACGGUGGUGCUGGAGGAGAACUGCCUUUGCCGCUUCCACUGGUGCUGCGUGGUGCAGUGCCGCAAGUGCUCCGUCCGUCAGGAGCUCAGCCUCUGCGUCUGAUGGCCUGGGGUCAGGCAAGGACAAUUUGGGGGGGCCACCCCCAGGCUCACGCUGCAGCCCCCCCGGGACAGAGACAGGCUGCGCCGGUGGCAGGGACAACGUGGGUGAGCCCAGCUCUGCACCCUGGGGAUUCCCGGUUUCCCUGGGGGACAGUGUGGGGCUGCCUGGCAUCCCCAUGGCCCCCGCGGUGGGGACUGCGGGCACAGAGCUUCCACUAAUAAAGCUAUUUAAAGCCA